AUGCCUGGACUUCGCAACCUCCAGCUUUUUGGAAACCUGUUAGCAAACACUGGUUUAAAAGUCAUUCUUGAUAAUUGCCCUAACCUGGAACAUCUUGAUUUACGUCAGUGUCUCAACGUUCAUUUUGUCGGAGAUCUGGAGAAGCAAUGUUCUGAGAGGAUUAAAGUUUUGAGACGUCCUAAUGACUCGACCCAUGAUUAUCUAUAUGAUGUACUUUUUUAUGAUACAGAUUCAUCUGGAGAUGAUUACCCUGAAGAUGAUGACUCUUAUCCGUAUGAUUUCACGUCAGAUGAAGACAAUUAUUUCCCUGCCAGCUACCAUCCUGACUACUAUCUGUAUGAUAUUGACGAUUGCCCCUUCGAGAUUGAUGUAUUCGGUUUCACGUCGCUCUAG